AUGGUACACGAUGGUGGUUUCGAUUGCUCAUUUAUGAACAUGGAGUUUCAAUCCGAAAAAAUAAUGGGCCAUCAGUCAAUUUUAACAUUUAAGUGUAAAAUGUGUAACAUUGAAAAUAAAAUUUACACCGAAAAUCCAAAGACGGAAAAAUGUCCCGUAAACAAAGCUGCUGUGCAUGCUUGUCAAGCAAUUGGUAUUGGUUACACACAGUUAUCAGAACUUAUGGCAUUUCUUGAAAUUCCUACAGUAUCAGAAACAAGCUAUAUAAAAAUUCAAGAAGGAGUAGCAGAUACUGUCCAUGACACAGCGUGGGAUGAGAUGAAACGAGCGGGCGAAGAAGAAAAACAAAUUGCACUAGAGUGUGGUGAAGUGGAUGUAGAUGGUAUACCAAUUAUAACUGUUGUUGCAGAUGGCCAAUGGUCAAAACGUAGCUACAGAAUAAAAUACGAUGCGUUAUCUGGUGCAGUAAGUUACAUCUACAGACAAAAAUAA